CGUUGCUACCGGGAUCGACGUAAGGUAGUAGAAUAGGGAUGUACAUAUAGGAGGUAGGUAUGUAAGUAUAUAUAAAUAUAAAUCUCAGACUGCUGCUAUUCUCUACCAUCAUCAUCAUCAUCUCUCGGCUCAUUCUCAGAAACACUUGGACACACAUAAUUCAAUAAAUAGGGGCAUACAUAUAUAUAUAAACCCCAUCUCAACACCACCACCACCACCACCACCACCCCAUCCAAAAUGGUCAAAGUCCUCGUCCUCGGCGCCACAGGCCAACAAGGCGGCGCCACCGUCCGCGCGCUCCUCGCCUCCAAAGACCACCAACACUCCGUGCGCGCACUCGUCCGAGACGCCUCGUCGGCCAAGGCGCAGGCCCUCGCCGCCCUAGGCGCCGAAGUCGUCGUCGGCGGCGACUGGGCGACGGACGCGGCCGCGCUAGACGCGGCGUUCGCGGGGGGCGUCGAGGCGGUCUUCUUCCCGUCGGUGCCGUCGUUCACCGACUACGGCGCCGAGCUCAAGGGCGCGGCCAACGUCGUCGAGGCGGCGAAGCGCGCGCGAACGGUCCGCCACGUGCUGUAUAGCAGCGUGGCUGGGCUGGAGAAGUACCAGACGUUUAAGGGGUGGAACAGCACGCCUUUCUUUGCGAAUUAUUGGGGCGCCAAGGCCAAGACCGAAGACCUCGUCAAGAAGGCCGGCUUCGAGCACUAUACUAUUCUGCGCCCGGCUGAGUUCAUGUCCAACUACACCGGCGAAAUGGCGCACUUCCAGGUCCCCGAUCUAAUCAAAGAAGGCAUCCUGCACACCGCACUCCCCGCGUCCUUCCCCCUCAGCACAAUCGACGUCGGCGACAUCGGGCGCGUCGCCGCCGCCGCCAUCGCCUCGCCCACAACUUUCGCCUCCGGCCGACGCGAACUGCCCCUCGCGGGCGAAGUCCUCACGCUGGGCGAGCUGGUCGCGCAGCUCGGCGCGUUCCUGGGCAAGACGCUCCGCGUCAGCACGUGGACGCGCGAGCAGGCCCUCGAGGCCCUCAAGACCCGCGAGGUCGUCGCCGGCCAGCUGAUGCGCCUGGAUUCCGAUUGGCCUAGCCCCAGCCCCAGCCCGCCGCCCGAGGACUUCGGCUUGGGGUUUCGCACGUUUAGGCGCCAUUUGGAGGAGCAUGGGGAGGAGGUUAGGGAGUUGUAUAAGGGGGUGCCUUAGGUUGGCUGGGGCGGUGGCGGUGUUGCUUAGGUAGGUAGGUAGGUAGGGAGAUAGAUAGAUGGGGGGAGAAGGGGGGAGAGAUUGUUGGUUAAGGGGUGUGGAAGCAAGAGCCCCGGCGUAGAAUACAUAGUGGUAUAGAUUGGACAUUUGAUACUAUUACUGAAU